AUGAGUUUAAACGCUUCAAGUAAUGCCCCUGGUGACGCCCAAAGGUUGAAGAAUGCCUCAUCUGAUAUAAAACAAAUGUUUAAAAAUGAAACAGACUUGGACAUCACUGCUGAACUCAGAAAGAAGCUCCACAGGGCUAAGAAGGAAAAAUUAGAAAUAACAACUAAGCACAAUGCAGAGCUGGCAAGCUAUGAAAGCCAGAUUGCCAAGCUGCGAUCCGAGGUGGAAAAAGGAGAGGCAUUGCGACAAAGUCUGGAAUAUGACCUGGCUGUUGCUAGAAAGGAAGCUGGUCUCGGGAGACGGGCUGCUGAAGAAAGGUUAGCCGAAGCACAUAGGAUCCAAGAAAAACUCUGUGCUCAGAAUGCAGAACUUCAAGGAAAGGCAAAUGAGAUGGAGAAAGCAUUCCAGACUUCCCAGCUGAAGUGGAAAGAAGAAUGCAGAAGAUUUGAACAUGAUUUGGAGGAAAGAGACAAUAUAAUUCAAAGUUGCAAUCGAGAAUAUGAUUUACUUAUGAAAGAAAAAAGCAGACUAGAAAAAACUGUACAGGAAGCGUUGGAAAAACAUCAGCAGGAGAAGAAUGAGAUGGAGUCUCAUAUCAGGGAGACAGCACUGGAGGAGUUUAGAUUACAAGCAGAACAAUGGGAAGCAGAAAGAAGAGAGUUACAAUUUAUAGUACAGGAGCAAGAUAAUGCUGUACAAAAUAUGCACAAGAAGGUAGAAAAAUUAGAAACUGAGCACAUGGACUGCUCUGAUCUUCUACGGCGACAAACAAGUGAACUUGAAUUUAGCACUCAACGAGAAGAACGUCUUAGAAAAGAAUUUGAGGCAACUACUCUGAGAGUGAGGAAACUAGAAGAAAAUAUUGAAGCAGAGAGAGCAGCACAUUUGGAAUCCAAAUUUAAUUCUGAAAUUAUUCAGUUGCGGAUUCGAGACCUUGAAGGCGCUUUGCAGGUGGAAAAGGCCAGCCAAGCGGAAGCUGUUGCAGAUUUGGAAAUGAUCAAGAAUGAAUUCAAAGAAGUUGAAAGUGCAUAUGAGCGAGAAAAGCAUAACGCGCAAGAGAGCUUUGCAAAACUGAGUUUAUUAGAAAGAGAGUAUGUCUCCAAAAACAAGAAACUAAAUGAAGAGAUCGAGGAACAUAAGAAAGUAAUUAUAGACCUUUCAAAGAGACUCCAGUAUAAUGAAAAAAGUUGCAGUGAAUUACAGGAAGAACUUGUAAUGGCUAAGAAGCACCAGGCCUUUCUAGUAGAGACAUGUGAAAAUAACGUGAAAGAAUUGGAAUCGAUCUUGGACAGCUUUUCUGUGUCGGGCCAGUGGACAUCAGGUAUCCACAAGGACAAAGAUAAACCUCCCAGCUUCUCUGUUGUCCUUGAGACUUUGAGGCGUACCUUGACAGAUUACCAGAACAAGCUGGAAGAGGCGUCUAAUGAGCUAAACAGCAUGAAUGAUGCUAAAGAAAAGGCAUCGGGUGAACUUGAUUCUACCAAACAGAAGAUAGAGUCUCACACUAAAAAUAUAAAGGACCUUCAGGAUAAACUGGCUGAUGUGAGUAAAGAGUUAAGUCAUUUACGCACGAAAUGUGCAGACAGAGAGGCUCUCAUAAGCACUUUGAAAGUGGAACUACAAAAUGUGCUGCACUGUUGGGAGAAAGAAAAGGCUCGAGCAGCCCAGUCGGAGAGUGAACUGCAGAAGCUUGCCCAGGCUUUCCAGAAGGAUACUGAGGAGAAGCUAACCUUUCUUCAUACCUUAUAUCAGCACUUGAUAGCAGGCUGUGUGCUCAUGAAACAACCAGAAGGCAUGCUGGAUAAAUUCUCUUGGACUGAGCUUUGUGCAGUCUUGCAGGAGAAUGUUGAUGCCCUGAUCGCAGACCUCACCAGGGCUAAUGAGAAGAUAAAUCACCUGGAGUAUAUCUGUAAAAACAAGUCUGAUACGAUGAGAGAACUUCAGCAGACCCAGGAAGACACUUUUAACAAAGUGGCGGAGCAGAUCAAAGCCCAGGAGAGCUGCUGGCACAAACAGAAGAAGGAACUGGAACUGCAGUACUCGGAGCUCCUCUUGGAGGUGCAGAGGAGGGCACAGAAAUUUCAAGAAAUUGCCGAAAAAAAUAUGGAAAAAUUGAAUCGUAUUGAGAGGUCCCAUGAGCAGUUGGUUCUUGAAAAUUCACGCUUCAAAAACAUGUUAUCGCAGACUCGGAGGGAACAAACAUCGUUGCUGGCAGCCUGUGCGUUGAUGGCUGGUGCCUUAUAUCCUCUCUACAGCCGGUCAUGUGCCUUAUCUACACAGAGAGAUUUUCUCCAGGAGCAGGUCAACACCUUUGAGUUGUUCAAACUGGAAGUUAGAACUCUAGCCCAGGCUUUGUCAAGUGUAGACGAAAAGAAGCAAGAGGAAGCCAAGAUGAAGAAAAAACCAUUCAAAGGAUUGAUACGUGUAUUCCGGAAAGGUGUUAUUGCCGUUCUGGCAGCAAAUAGGCUCAAGAUUUUGGGCCAGUCAUGUGCCUCUCUUUUUACCUGGAUGGAAAGUUUCAAAGAAGGCAUAGGCAUGUUAGUGUGUACAGGAGAGCCCAAAGACAAGCAGAAAUUUCCGAAGCAUCAGAAGGAGCAGUUACGUUGUUUGCAAGCACUCAGCUGGCUUACCAGUUCAGACCUUCUAGCAGCAAUAGUCACCUCUAUGGCUGAGUUACAGGAAGUCAUUAGUAAAACAGAUCCAAAUUCCAGAAUCUGUGGACAUUUACUCAUAGGUGCAGCCAAGAGUUCUUUUGCAAAACUCAUGGAUAAAGUUAGUCUGGCAAUGGAGAGUAUACCUUUACAUAGUGGCAGGAGUAUUACAUACAUAGAAAAAGAUUCUCUGGUUCAGCGGCUGGCUCGUGGACUUCAUAAAGUAAACACGCUGGCCCUGAAGUAUGGUCUCCGCGGCCAUGUGCCCAUUUUGAAAAGCACGGCGUCAUUACAGAAGCAAAUACUUGGAUUUACACAAAGACUACACGCGGCAGAAGUGGAGCGCCGCUCACUGCGCUUGGAGGUCACAGAAUUCAAACGCAGCGUGAAUGAGAUGAAAAAGGAGCUUGACAAAGCCCAGGGUCUCCAGAUGCAAUUAAAUGAAUUUAAGCAGUCUAAAUUGAUCACCCAUGAGAAGUUUGAAAGUGCAUGUGAAGAACUGAAUAAUGCAUUACUUCGGGAACAACAGGCCCAAAUGCUACUGAACGAGCAGGCACAGCAGCUACAGGAGUUGAAUUACAGACUUGAACUGCAUUCCAGUGAGGAAGCUGACAAAAACCAAACUCUGGGAGAAGCUGUUAAGAGUCUCUCCGAGGCAAAGAUGGAGCUGAGAAGAAAAGAUCAAUCUCUGCGUCAGCUCAAUAGACAUCUCACCCAGCUGGAGCAGGACAAGCGUCGGUUGGAGGAGAGCAUCCGCGAUGCGGAGAGCGCCCUCCGCAUGGCAGCCAAAGACAAAGAAUGUGUUGCUAAUCAUAUGAGAACAAUAGAAAAUAUGCUUCAUAAGGUCAGAGAUCAGAUCUCGCUGUCACGGACUGCGGCAAGUAGGAAUGACUUCACCCUGCAGCUACCCAGACUGCACCUGGAGACCUUUGCGAUGGAGGGGCUCAAGGGCGGGCCAGAGGUGGUAGCAUGCCAGGCUAUGAUUAAAAGUUUCGUGGAUGUCUACCAGCUUGCAAGUGCUAGAAUUGCUACAUUAGAGAAGGAAAUGACAUCUCAUCGAAGUCACAUUGCAACGUUGAAGUCAGAACUUCACACGGCUUGUUUACGAGAAAAUGAAAGUUUACAAUCAGUAGGAUCACGAGACCAUUCAAAUCUCUCCAUUCCUUCAAGAGCUGCUCUUCCUGCGGACACAGUUGGUGUGGGGGAUUUUUUGCCUUUGCAAGCUGAACUGGACACAACUUACACUUUCUUAAAGGAGACAUUUAUAAAUCCUCUGACGUCAUCUCACUCCUCUUCAGCGACUAUGUCUGCCAAUGCCAAACGACCAACUCAGAUUGGAUAA